AUGGAACAUGGAGCUAUUUCUCAAGUUGAAGAAGAUGCUUGGUGGUCGGCAUUAAAAAUGAUCUCUGGAGACAAAUUUCCAGAAGACCCUUCGUCUCAGAGCGUGGCCACGCCAGAAAAGGUAGACGUUACCGAAAGCCAGACCCCGGUCCACGUGAACCCGAAGCGUGGGAUCAGAACUCUUGAGACAAAGCUUUGCUCCAGGCUUUUGUUCAAGACGCUUCAACUUGCUUUAGUUGCAGUUUCUAGAGAAGUAGUUUCUGUUCACCAAUUCUUCUCCAAUUUAGUUUUCAUUAUCAACAUUGUUACUGCAUCUAACAAACGUAAUGAUGAAUUAAAGGAGGCUCAAGCAAUUGAAGUUGCUACUAAGAUUGCUAAUGGUGAACUUGAAACUGGAAGGGAGCUUAAUCAAAUUGGCACUUUAAAACGAACUGGAGAUACUCGUUGGGGUUCUCAUUUGGAUUCUAUUUCUAGUUUACUGAAAAUGUUCAAUGCUACUUGUGUGGUUUUAAGUAACAUUGCAGUAGAUGGAGCAUUACAACAUAAAUCUCAAGAUAUUUUGAAUGCAAUGCAUCUUGUCUCAAGCACAACAAAGCUACUGAAGACUUUUCGAGAUUCGGGAUGGGAUGAUUUCUUGGUGAAAGUUAAAUUAUUUUGUGAGCAACAUCAAAUUGAUAUCCCAUGUAUGAAUGCUCAAUAUAUUGCAAGACGUGGUAGAUCUCGAAGUCAUCAUGAUGAGAUUAGUGUGGGGCAUUAUUAUCGAGUGGAUAUAUUUCUUGCAACAAUUGAUUAUCAAUUGCAAGAGUUACAUAGCAGGUUUAAGGAUCAUACCGUGGAAUUGCUUAUUUUGAGCACUGCUUUAGAUCCUAGAAAUGGAUUUAUGCUGUUCAAGAUUGAUGAUAUUUGUAAACUUGCAGAGAAGUUCUAUCCAAAUGAGUUUAUGGAGCAAGAACUAGUACGUCUAAGAAUAGAACUUCAACAUUUUGAGCUCGACAUUCCAAAUCAUCCUGAAUUGCAAGAAUUAUCUGGUAUUAAUGAGUUAUGUCAAGGCUUGGUGAAGACAAGAAAAUCAGUGAUAUAUCAUGUUAUUGAUAGAUUGAUUCGACUUGUUCUUACUCUUCCUGUAUCAACUGCAACUUCAGAGCGGAAAAGAAUAAAAGAAAGGAAGAAAGCUCUUGCUAAUAUUCUUUAUGAAUAA